CAUCUCUUGCCAAUUACAGGGACAGUUUCAUCUAAAUGGGAUGCACAAGGCUGGAGAUGUGGUUCUCGGUGGGCUAUUUGAAAUUCACUUUUUUUCUGUCUUUCCUGACCUGUCUUUUACCUCAGAGCCACAAGAGCCGACCUGCCACAGUUUUGAUGUUCUAGGAUUCCGGCAGGCCCAGACCAUGGUCUUUGCUAUUGAUGAGAUCAACAGGAACCCCGACCUGCUACCCCGUGUGACUUUGGGAUACAGUCUUUAUGAUAACUGCGUCAAACUAGGAAUUGGCUUCCGCGCAGCGUUGUCUUUAGCCAGUGGUCGAGAAGAGCAGUUCAUAUUAGAAGAUAACUGUGUAGGAACACCUCCGGUACUAGGAAUUGUGGGUGAUUCCUCCUCUACACGUUCCAUCGCCAUCUCCACCGUGCUAGGUUUGUACAGAGUACCUAUGGUGAGUUACUUUGCCACAUGUUCAUGCCUGAGUGACCGGCAAAAGUUUCCAUCUUUCUUCAGGACAAUCCCAAGUGAUGCAUUCCAGGUGCGUGCUAUGAUUCAGAUUCUCAGGCACUUUGGCUGGACUUGGACGGGUCUGCUGGUCAGUGAUGAUGAUUAUGGACUCCAUGCUGCCGGUUCCUUCCAAUCUCACUUGUCGCAGUCUGGUGGAGGGUGUCUGGCCUACCUGGAGGUUCUGCCGUGGGGCAAUGACCGAGCAGAGCUAAGGAGAAUUGUGGAUGUCAUGAGGAAAUCUACAGCUCGUGUGGUCAUUGUGUUUGCACAUGAGAGUCACAUGAUUAACCUCAUGGAAGAGGUGGUGAGGCAAAAUGUCACAGACCUGCAGUGGAUGGCCAGCGAAGCCUGGAUUGCAGCAACUGUGCUUCAGACCCCCAAACUCAUGCCGUACAUAGGUGGCACUCUGGGCAUUGCCAUCCGUCGAGGGGAAAUACCAGGUUUCAGGGACUUCCUGUUACAAAUACGACCUGAUCUACAACACAACAACAGCUAUGGAAACAGUAUGGUAAAUCUGUUUUGGGAAUACACAUUUCAGUGUAGAUUUGCACCACCUCAUGCAGGUUGGGUGGAGGCCGGGGGAUCACUGUGCACUGGACAGGAAGACCCAGAGCUUGUGGUGAAUGAGUUCUUGGACAUUUCAAACCUUAGGCCAGAGUACAACGUCUACAAGGCUGUGUACGCCCUGGCAUAUGCUCUUGAUGACAUGCUGAAGUGCGAGCCAGGGAGAGGGCCUUUCACUGGGAACAGCUGUGGAACUUUGCAAAGGGUGGAGCCGUGGCAGCUUGUGUACUACAUGGAAAAGGUAAACUUCACCACACCAUUUGGUGACCAUGUGUCAUUUGAUGAGAAUGGUGAUGCCGCGCCAAUGUAUGACAUCAUGAACUGGCUGUGGCUCCCUGACGGAAGGAUACAAAUUCAGAAUGUGGGGCAGGUUAAAGAGUCAGUCAAAGGUGAAGAACUCACACUUGAUCAAGACAAAAUCUUCUGGAACACUGAAUCCAAAGAGCCUCCCAGGUCAGUGUGCAGUGAGACCUGUCCUCCAGGUACCCGGAUGGCCAGAAAGAAAGGGCAACCUGUCUGCUGUUUUGACUGCAUCCCUUGUUCAGAAGGAGAGAUCAGCGAAAAAAAUGACUCCCUGGAGUGCACCAGUUGUCCGGAGGACUUCUGGUCCGGCCCCCAGCGCGACCACUGUGUUCACAAGAAAACAGAGUUUCUGUCUUAUCAAGAACCUCUGGGAAUCUGCUUGACAGCCACCUCUUUGCUGGGCACAUUCAUCUGUGCUGUUGUCCUUGGGAUAUUUAUGUAUUAUCACAGCACCCCUUUAGUACGCGCCAACAAUUCAGAACUUAGUUUCCAGCUAUUGCUGUCACUUAAAUUGUGUUUCCUGUGUUCACUGCUGUUCAUCGGCCGUCCCAGACUGUGGACAUGCCAACUAAGACAUGCAGCAUUUGGGAUCAGCUUUGUACUUUGUGUUUCAUGUAUUCUGGUGAAAACGAUGGUGGUUCUGGCUGUGUUCAAGGCCUCCAGGCCGGGAGGAGGGGACAGUCUGAAGAUGUUCGGUGCUGCGCAGCAGAGAGGGACAGUUGUGGUUCUUACUUCUAUUCAAGCAGCCAUCUGCACUGCUUGGAUUGUGUCUGCCUCUCCAGCUCCCCAUAAAAACACUCAAUACCACAAAGACAAGAUAGUUUAUGAGUGUGUAGUUGGUUCCACCGUCGGUUUCGCAGUAUUACUGGGCUACAUUGGUUUAUUGGCUAUCCUCAGCUUUAUGUUAGCAUUUCUGGCGAGAAAUCUUCCGGACAAUUUCAAUGAGGCCAAGCUCAUAACUUUCAGCCUGCUGAUCUUCUGUGCCGUGUGGAUAGCCUUUGUCCCCGCUUAUGUCAACUCUCCAGGAAAAUAUGCAGAUGCAGUGGAGGUUUUUGCUAUCCUGGCCUCCAGUUUUGGUCUCUUGUUAGCACUGUUUGGACCCAAAUGUUAUGUAAUCCUGCUGAGACCAGAGAGGAACACAAAGAAAGCAGUCAUGGGUCGGGGCAUCCAGUAGUAAAAUGUGUACUAUAGUGACUAUAGACUUAAUUGCUGCAUUUCCUCUGUAUAGUUCAAAUUAAUGCAUUUUCCUACUGAAUCUUUUUUUUAAUUAUUGUAAAUUGUAUUGUAUUGUAUUUGUAGCUUGUUUAAUG